AUGCCUGUCGGUAAUCAAUCGGCCGAAGAUUUAGCAUCUUCGGAUGAAAUUAAAGUAUUUAAAUUUGAAGGUGAAGAUGAAAAACGUGCAUCAGCUGAUUUAACUGAUCUUAAAUCAAGUUUAAUCACUGAAACUACAGUUUCAACAUCAUCAUUACCAUCAACAACAUCAUUGUCGGCAACAUCAUCAACAAUUUUAAAUGAUUCAAUAAAUAAUCGAAUCAUUACAAAUGGUGGUGGUUUACUACAAUCACCAUCAUCAUCACCAAUCAAUCGAGCAACAGAAUUUGGUGGAAAAUUUGAACCAACAACAUUACAUCAAUAUUCACCAUUUGGUUAUCCACCAUUCGGUAAUACACAUUCACCAUAUCAUCCACAUAAUGGAACAACAUUGGGUCAAAUGGUAGGUGUUUUCAAUUUUUUUUUUCGUUUUGUUUUUAAAAGAUUUCAAUUUCUCAUCAUAUGGUCAUUUCAAUAAUGAUUACUUAAUCAA